AUGGACGACCGCAAAUUAGCCUUCUUCACGGCUAUUGAGGAUCAAGGCGGCGUCAUCGUCAAAGGACGUACACGGUUCGAACGUCUUUUCCAUAUUGGCAGGAGCUCGGUACCGCUAUGUGUCGAUGCACUCAAAGCUGCUGUACAGGAGGCCAAGGCUGGCAGCGACAUUCUUAGGUACCAAAUGGCAGUCAACUCCCUCUUCCAAGCAGCUCCCAACGAGCCCGAAGCCUUGUUGGAUAAGGCAUGGAUGGAAUCCAAGGAAAAGGAGAAUCGAGACACUACGGCUCAUCUACAAGCCGAGCUUCAAGGUUACAAGAAUAACUUGAUCAAAGAAAGCAUCAGGAUGGGCAAUGAGGAUCUAGGGAAGCACUUUGAAGCUAUCGGCGAUGUCGAGGCUGCCAUGGAUAGCUUUUGGAAGAUGAGGACGGAUGUUAGCUCGACAGAACAGCUUGUCGACCUUGGGAAGCUCCUUGUCCGAGUGGCGAUUGAACGCCGCGACUGGAAAUCCAUCGGCAAUCACCUGAAGCCCCUCAAUUCGGUAAACGACUCAGACCCGAAAGCCAAAGCCCUCAAAACGUACAGCAAGAUUGCGAAUGGCAUCGCGGCGCUAGGUCAGGAACGCUACAAGGAGGCGGCGUUUUGCUUUGUCGAAGCCAGCUCCGGCGUGCCUCCCGAGAUUUACAACCAGAUUGCCAGCCCGAACGACGUUGCCAUCUACGGCGGUCUGUUGGCGCUUGCCACUAUGGAUAGGCACGAGCUGCAGGCCAACCUUUUGGACAAUGACUCUUUCCGCGAGUUUUUGCAACGAGAACCACAUAUACGCCGGGCGAUCACACAAUUUGUGAACGGCAGGUAUGCGGCGUGCAUAGAGAUACUGGAGUCAUAUCGACCAGACUACCUCCUCGAUAUUUACCUGCAAAAGCACGUGCCCAAGCUGUACGCCGACAUCCGCACCAAGUCCAUCGUCCAGUACCUUAAACCCUUCUCCUGCGUGAGGCUGGACACAAUGCAGAAGGCCUUUAACGGACCGGGCCCCUCGAUUGAGGACGAGCUGUUUACCAUGAUCAAAGACGGGAAGCUGAACGCUCGGAUCGAUGCCAUCAACAAGUCAAAGGCACUCCAGACCUUGGAGAAUUACGAGAAACAAGCCCUUGACAGAAUCCGGCGCAUGAACAUCAUGGCUGCCGAUCUUGAAGUUAAAGGUUCUCGCAAGCCUGGAGGGAUGAACGACAUUUUGUUCAGCAUGACCACGGAUGACACUGCGAGCUUGGCCUAG